GUACAACUCGCAGCCCAUUCGCAGCCCACAACUCCUUUAGUCCGCUUCAUCGAGUGCAACAAGGAUUUGCCGAUUAGGAGGAAACCCCUAGCCACACCGCUCAUCUUCUACUAUGCUCUUCCAUUCACUCUGUCAAAGAUUUCACGGAUUCAUCAAAGGAGUCAAGGAGAGGUCAUAGACAGUAGGUCCACCCCUGUGCAGGUCUGGAAUGAAGGGUUUGGAUAUGAUGCCAAAUGUAUCAUGUCUUGCUUCUGGAGUUGCUUAUAUGCCUCAUAUGUCCAGCAACACACAGUCUUAUAAUUCAUCAUUCUCGUGUGUUCUACGCCCACCUUUCCGAGUUGCAAUAUCUUCCAUCAGAAAAGGUCCUUUCAGACCUUGUCAAAGUAUUUUGUCCUCUCACUACAGAGGAGUUUCUUCAUUAUCACCACUACUUUCGCAAUGGAGAAUGUGUGCAGCCUCAUGUGCAAAGCUGAAAUUACCAAGGCAACCCUGUUAUCCUCUCUCACAUACAAAAGCUUUCAAGGACAUAACCUAUGAUGUGCCUUCACCUGCUUCCAACAGUCAUACCCUCUUUUCAUGUGAUACUCUAAAUUCACCAAGAAAAGAACACUUCUCUCUCACUACAAGAGCAUUUAAGGGUUUUUACCAUGACAUGGCGGAGAAACCGAAAUGGUGGUGGAGAACCUUAGCGUGUCUUCCCUAUUUAAUGCCUCUCCAUCUGACAUGGUAUUUUGCUGGCGAAUCAUUCCAUCUUCGACCCUUUGUGGAGAAAUCCGAUUAUCUAUCAAACCCUUACAAUAACUUUCUAAGAAGAUUGCCCAGCUGGCUUUUGAUGGCAUAUACCUUCACAGCUUGUUUUGCUGUAGUGAAGAGAAAGGAAUGGCCACAUUUUUUCAGAUUCCAUGUCAUAAUGGCGAUUCUGUUGGAGAACUGGAUGCAUAUCAUCAUCAUUGUAUAUGGUUGGACGCCCCCUUUUGUGCAUUGGGGAAAUAAUAUUGGGACACAUAUUUGGGCGGCUGUUACUGUUGGGUUCCUCAUGAUGAUCUUUCAGUGCAUGAAGUGUACGCUUGCUGGUAGAUAUGCUGAUAUUCCAUUGGUGUCUGAUGCUGCUAAUAUCCAUCUUAAAGAAAUGGUUUAGAGGCAGAAAAGAAAAACCUUGUGUACAAUUUCAGAACUGAUAGUUUCCUCCAUUUCAAUUAUGUCUUAUUUCUUAUUUUUUGGAAGAGAGAAGGUCAUAUAAUGCUCUUGUGCAUUCAUUUAGUGAUUUGAGUAUUCUAAUACUUAGGGAAAUGCAUUUUAUGCUUUUAGUUCUUCCAUUGAGGCAGCUUCGACUACCACCUGAAACAUGCGAUAAAAUGUAAAUACCCAAAGAGAAAUGCAAGAAACCACUAUUAACUUUCAUUAUUAAAAGAAAAGCAGUCACUGUUUUCAAUUU